AAAAACGUUGGACAAAAAAAAAACGGAAUCAGCUGAUUUUGCAAUUGCAAAGCACAAACCAGAAAGCAGAAAGCAAAAGAAACAACAACAAACAACUAAAAGAUACACGUGCAUCUAACAACUACUGUUUAAGAUGAAAGAAAACUACAAAAGAAAAUCUAAAACAAGAAAUAUGAAUAAUGCACAAGCACAUAAACGUCAAAAUAAUAAAAUACAAAUAAAAUUUAAGCAAAUAUCUUAAAAUACAAAAACAAUGAGUACAAUAAAUUAAAAAAAAAACGUUAAACAGCAGCCGCGUUAAAAACUCAACUAGAAAAGAAAAAAAAAACGAUGAUAAAAUAAGAUCGGUUCACAAAUAAAUAAAAAAGAAACGCAACAUUAAAAGCAGUACAAAUAAAAUAGAAGAAACCAAAAAUAUACGUAAAAUUUAUUCGCUAAAUAAACGUCAAAUAAACCGCGUGUUCGUUCGGCUAAAAAAUCAAAAUUGCAAAAAAGUGCAUUUUGCACAAGUGAAUUUUGUUAACAACAGAAAAUUUAUAAAAAUAUUAAGUUUGUUAAAGUCCCAUUAAAAAUUCCAACAUAAAGCAGAGCAUAAAAAGUCUUUAGGUUUAAAGUGUUAAAAAAAAUAUAUAUAUAUAAAUUAUUUAAAAUAAAAGCCGGUUGGCUGCAAUUGAAACAAGUGCAAGUUUAAUUUAAAUUAAAUUAACAUGUUGGAAAAUAAUAUUUUACGUUAUUGUUUAUACGGUUCCUGUGUCAUUAUCUCCUCUGAAAUAUUGUAUCAUUCCUAUUAUUGGCUUAAGAAAAAGCUACAGCAACAAUCAUCUGCUCAAGAAGUGCAUGAGGUCAUUUGGACCAAUGAGUUAACACAAUCAUGUGCUGCUCGACAUCGUUUCAACAACACUAGUGGUGCUUCGCCUUCGUCAACGCCCACCAGUGUUUCCUCGCCAAGCAUGACCUCACAAGGUCGUAUUGUUAAAUUACUCAAUCCGCAAAAAACGCCCGCGAAAUGUAGUAAUCCUUAUUGUGCCGCGUACAAUGUCGGUCGUUUAAUAGAGUUUGUCGAUUCGGCUAAAUACUCCAUCGAUUUGGCCAUGUACACAUUUACGUCGUUUGAAUUGUCGCAGGCAUUUAUUCGUGCUCUUCAACGCGGUAUUUUAAUUCGUAUUAUAAGUGAUAAAGAAAUGGCCUAUUCCAGUGGUUCACAAAUAAUACCACUAACAAAAGCAGGUGUUCCCAUACGCUGUAACCCCAACACCAUGUUUAUGCAUCACAAAUUUUGCAUUCUAGACAGUCCUCUACGUGUUGCCGCCAUUCACAAAAAACAAAAUAAAUCCUUUGACAAAAGUCAAAACAGAAGUAUUCUAAUGACUGGCUCUCUUAAUUGGACCAUGCAGGGUUUUGGCGGCAAUUGGGAAAAUAUUUUAAUAACCAGCAAUUUGGAAUAUAUUAGCAAAUAUUCCCAAGAAUUUGAACGCAUGUGGCAUGUGUUUGAUGUGGAUUUAAAAAUAAAUAAUAAAAAUUAAUUAGAAAGCUGUAGAUUGACGUAAGUGGAUGUGAAAGGUAUGUUAACGACAUUUUAAUACCAAGAAAUAAUGUAAAACAUUUUUGGCCUAAAAUCGUAAAAAGAAGUUAAAACGUGCAAGUAGUGAAUUAGUCAAACAUAAUCGGUAUGAAAUCACUUGUAAGUACACGUGUAGGUUAAACACUUUUAUGGCGAUAUUCAAUUAAUUUCAAGCAGCUAGCACAGUGUGGUUAGAAGAGAAAUGUGUGACACAAAUAAGUUCUAUAUGACCAGAAGUUUAUUCAGACUAUCCACCAUCAACUUUUGGAGCUUAAAUAAUUAAGAAUUUGCCAUUAUAACUGUUUUUGUAAAGGUAGGCGUUAAACAGGGCGUGGUAUCCAAUUAAUAUAUAAACUACAUAUGUCGAAUUUUUCAUUAAAAGCGGGUGUUUUUGUCUUUUCUCGAAAUUAUUUCAUAGUUUGACUAUGUCCUGGCUGGUCAGUUGGUUUCUUCGGCAUUCACGUAGUGGCCAGGGCCUUUUUUGACCCUGGCGGUCAAAGGACUGAUGUAAGAUAAAGUCAAUAUUUCGGGAUAAGUUUGGUGAUGUUGCCGAAUGACAACAGUUACCCCACAGUGGAAUGACGGAGUUGGUAUCAAUUGUAGAUGAUACGGGAUGAAUGUAGAGGUAUGCCGGCCUCACUUCACCCGUAAAUCUAAAUGAAUGUGCCGUAAACAGGGCAGCAAUGGUAAGAGAUUUGAUUGCUGAAGUACUUGAGUUAAAAAAAUGCGACCUGCGUUAAAAUACACAAGGUGGUGAGUUGUUCAUUAUACUCACCCAGUGAUUGUAAAAGUACCAGCGUGAGAUAGGGCUACACGCCAGGUACUUCCGUAAAGCUCUUCGACUUCAAUGACACUUCUGUCAAUUAAAUAUAGAUCUGUGUUAUACAAAUUUUGUCCCCUGGUGCUGUUGUCGAAACAA